AUGGAGUCAGUUGUGAGAGUAAAGAAGUCGCUGAGGAAGCCCGUCAGGAAGCUGACCAGCUGUGUGACAGGGGUGAAGGAGAGGAAAGGAGGAUGCAGCAAGUUGGGGAGGACCCCUCCUCGCCACAUUGCACAUGCCAAAGAUGCAUCAGUGAUUCGCUCCUACCAGGCAGACUUGGAGAAGGAGAGGCAACUGCGGGAAGCGAAGAAUGCUCAGAAAAAUGCAGAGAGAGCAACUGUGAGAGCUCACUUCAGGAGAAAAUAUCGUCUGUCUGAGAACUGUAAGGACUCAAACCACAUGAGGACAGUUGGAGGGAAAAUGUCGCUCCCCCACGAGCUGUCAAAGAUCAUUCACCCUGAAACCAAGACCAAGGACAACGGCUUCGACCUGCUGCAAGCCUUUCAAGGGCUCAACUUCAACACAGCGGCGCUCACAGGAAAGAAACACAGCAAGCCCACUCCUAAACUAGUAAGGGGUCAGUCUUGUAAAGUCAUGUGA